AUGACAUCUACUGUUGCAAAAGCAGAUGUUUUUCAUGUAAUGUCUGGCAUGUGGAAGACAGUAGCUGAACGGUUUUUCUUUUGGAGAGGAGGAUUUCGCCCUUCUGAGCUUCUCAAGGUUCUCGUGCUGCAUCUUGACACACUGACUGAUUCACAAUAUAUGGAAGUUAAUAAUCUAAGACAGUCAUGCCAGCAAGCAGAAGAUGCUCUGACUCAAGGCAUUGAGAAAUUGCAGUCGACUCUUGCUGAAACUGUGGCUGCUGGUCAAUUGGUAGGAGGAGGUUACAUCCCAAGGAUACCAACGGCAAUGGAGAUGUUGGAAGCUCUAGUCAGCUUUGUGAACCAGGUAAGAAUCCGCAUCAUUGCUCAGUCAAGAAUGGCUUUAUUCUGGAUUCUUCCAAUGUGUAGGUGA